AUGUUCUCACAAUUUAAAAACGUAUUCCACAGCGCACCACAACAACCAAAAUUAGCCCCAAGAGGCCAACAAGUUAAAGGAGACUACAAAAUGUUGGUACCAUAUGUUGAGAAUGAUAUUAAUCAAACUAAAAUAUUACUUAAGAAAUACCAAAGACACCCUUUAUUUAAUAAAUUAUUCCAACUAAUGGAAUCAAACCACAUCAAUGAAAAGCAACAUAUAGAAAAAACCCAUAAGCAAAAACAUCUCGAGGAGUACUAUGCCAAUUUGUUCACAUUACUAAAAAGACAUCUAGAAGAGUACAGUAAUUUAUUGGAUACUUUCCAGAAUAAUUAUGUUCAUUCAUUGUAUGAAGAUAACUUAAUGAAUUACAAAAUUUCAAAAUCUUCUCGAAGCAACUCCGUUUUCUCCUCGAAUCCAUCACUCGCAGCAUCUGUUCAGGAAACAGAAAGAUCAUCAUUAGAAUUAGAUGAUGAUGAAGAGGCUCCGGAAUACUUGUUAGACCCUAUAUCAUUUGAAUUAUUCACCGACCCAGUAAUUACUCCUAGUGGUAUUACCUAUGAAAAAUCACACCUUCUUGACCAUUUAAAAAACAGAGGAAAAUUUGAUCCAAUAACUAGACAAGAAUUAACUGAAGACCAAUUAUAUCCUAACCUUAUAAUGAAAGAUACAAUCGAAGCAUACAGAAAAGAAACAAGAGCUUGA